AUGGAGAAAGUAUUCGACCAUUAUGAACUGCUGGAGGUGAUGGAAGGAACGGAGAAGCGUCCCGAGAACGACCCGGAGAAGAGCCCGUGGGUGCGUAAGAGCGCACAAGGCUAUCUCCUACUUGGGCAAGCGUUGGGGAGCAGCCAAAUCCGUCACAUCAAGCCAUUCGAGCGUGAACCAGAGAAGGGACCAAAGGCAUGGGCUGCUCUCAAGGGUGUACACACUCCUGCAACAGCGGCAGUAGCGGUGGUGUUGGAACGGCAAAUGGCGACACUACGUAUUGAUGAAGAUGAACCCGUGGAAGAAGGGUCCUCGCUCAUCAUCAACCUCAAUCGUGACUUGCCCCGCCUCUCGCUUGAAGACGUGAAGCGAGCGAUCCUUCAAGAGGAUUUCCGCCGCCGUGAGUUGGUGAGUGCGGAUGGCGCCGGGGCAGCAAGCAUCGGCCGGGGGUGCGGCCGUGGAAGGGGCAGAGGACGAGGGGGAGGCAGAUUUGGCAGCAACAACUUCAAUGGAGGCCGCGGGAGUGGCGGAUACGGCAGCGACGACAAGAGCUACAGACACGGUCGCGGCCGAUUGGACGGCGAGUGUCACUAUUGCUACAAGAGCGGACACAUGUGGCGUGAUUGCUACAAGCUCCCUGAUGGAUUGACCCCUGCUCAAGGCCAAGAGGGUAGAGGAGCAGGAGGAGGGAGAGGAAGAGGCCGUGGAGGCCCACCGGCUGAACCAGAGAAAGUGGAAGGCUUCGAGGAGCCAGCUGCUGUGGGAAAGGUGACCCUACACUCCCUGGACUAUUGGGUGAUCGAUAGCGGCGCUACCAGCAUGACUCCUCGCGCGGACUUGCUCACCGAACUCGAACCGUCACCGGUGAAGCAUGUCACAUCGGCUUUGGGGCAGCGAGCAGAGGUGAAAGGCAUGGGCAAGGCCAUGUUCAAGGGUGCUGAUGGGAAGAUGGUGGGCCUCAAGAACGUGCUUUGGGUGCCUAACCUAGCUGCGAACCUGAUUUCCGUGCGGCGGUUGCAAAAGGCCGGCAUGGACACGAGCUCGAAGGGAGCCAAGACCUACACCGCAAGGAUUGGCGAGCGGAUUCUGUGGGAACUUCAUGAGGAUAGGGAUGUCUACAACGAGAUGUGGCAGAUCCCUGUGGUCCCCAUGCCUAAGGAGAGGCAAGUGGCAGCAAGCAUCAGCACCAAGGGUGAAGCGGUUGGUAGCGGCUACGGCGCGAACGAUGGCGCCAAGGCGAAAGAGUCCAACAAGUGCAAUCUUGGAGGGAUCAGCAAGUCGUGUGAUCAUAAGGCGAGUGGAGCAGCAGCCAAGGAGGAGCAAAAGGGUGAGGAGAACCCCACGGCAGCAGCGGAGGAGGAGUACGGAGAGAGCAUUUCGGAGGCAACGGCUAAGGCACCACUUGAUGAGGUGGUGAUGGACGUGGAGGGCCCCUUGAAGCUUGGAGCUGCUGGAGCGGAGUAA